AUGGAGGGUUACCGCAGAUGCAACAACUAUGGCAAGGAAGGCCACUUUGGGAAGGACUGUCUCAACCUUGCUAGAACAACAACACACCCUCUAGUUCAGACCCCUCACCAGCACCAACGGAGAGACAGAGGCAACAGGCCUCAGGCGACAAGCAGGGUGUAUGCCAUGACCAAGGCAGAGGCUGCAGGCUUAGAUAAUCUUGUUAUGGGUCGAUGCAUGAUAGCUGGUGAACCUUUGUGUGUACUGUUUGAUUCUGGAGCGACAUACUCUUUUGUGUCAAUUGCUUGUGUGGAGCAUUUGGGUAUGUCGGUGUGCGAGCUGCAGUUUGAACUUGUAGUAUCUACCCCGGCGUCGGGUCUAGUCAGAACGUCGUCCUUGUGUGUUAGGCUUUCGGUAGAGGUAGAGGGACGCAGAUACAAGUUAAAUCUAAUCUGCCUGCCUCUACAAGAGUUGGAGGUGAUCUUAGGGAUGGAUUGGCUCUUUGCCAAUCACGUUCUGAUAGAUUGUCGGGAGAAGAGGUUAUUUUUUCCCGACUCAGAGGAGCUUGAGUUGGUUUCUCCUUAA